AUGCUUACGUCAUUUUGCUUGUCGCCUGAAGUCGUCGCCUAUCGGGAAUACGCGCUUUGCGUCGCUUGUGUGAUGGAGUGGCGAACGGUGGUGGUGAUAGUGCUGGUAGUGAGCCUCUGUUUUUUUAUGGUACCGAUAAGAGUGGGGCCUGACAAAAAUGCCGAGGACACCAAACUGUUCGCCGAUUACGUUGCCAAAUACAAUAAAUCUUAUCGGCACGACUCGUCCGAAUAUAAAGAGCGAUUCGAUCGCUUUCAGAGGUCAUUACAAUAUAUCGAAAGGCUGAACGGUUUUCGAUCGUCGCAAGAAAGCGCGUAUUACGGUCUGACGGAAUUCUCCGACUUAUCAGAGGAUGAAUUUUUACAGCGGGCUCUGCUUCCUGACUUACCUUCACGAGGUCAAGCGCAUAUCGCAGCAUCGUAUUAUCAUCGGCGUUCCAAGAAUUUGAUUAAUCGCACCAAGAGGGCGACUAGCGUGCCUUCUAAGGUAGAUUGGCGCGACAAAGGAGUGGUGGGACCGAUUCAAAGUCAGGAUAUUUGCGGCGGCUGUUGGGCAUUCAGCACCAUCGGGAUGGCCGAAUCCAUGUACGCCAUCAAAAACGGAACUUUGUAUCCCUUUAGCGUGCAGGAAAUGAUCGACUGUAUGCCAGGCAAUUUCGGAUGUCAGGGCGGUGACAUAUGCAGUCUGCUUUCGUGGCUACUAAUGUCAAAAACCAAAAUCAUUUCCGACAGCGUGUAUCCUCUCACACGGCGAAACGAUCAAUGUAAAUUGUCUAAACUUUUGGCGAAGACGUCAGGUGUUAGAAUAACGGAUUUUACAUGUGACAGCUUCGUGGAUGCGGAAGAUGAGCUUCUGAUAGCACUCGCCACUCACGGACCCGUGGCAGCCGCUGUGAAUGCCAUGUCUUGGCAAAAUUAUUUAGGCGGCGUAAUACAGUAUCAUUGCGAUGGUUCGUUCAACAGUUUGAAUCACGCGGUGCAGAUAGUCGGAUAUGAUCUGUCAGCGGGGAUACCGCAUUAUAUCGUCAAGAACUCGUGGGGAUCGACCUUCGGUGAUAAAGGGUAUCUUUACAUUGCCAUCGGUAACAAUUUAUGCGGUAAGAUUAUUCGUGAGAUACUUGCGUCAAUUGACUAAUAAUUAGAGUGAUGCGUGCGCUAAUUGACUGUUACGUGUUAACACGUGCCCGUAGGUAUAGCCAAUCAAGUGUCGUCGGCUGAAGUUGAUUAAUCGAUUGCGACAACCUAUAAAAUGAUAAGGCCACACUUCCAUUUCGCAGCGAAAAACAAAUCGCGUAAUCACAGAACAGAAACG